AUUUAAGUAGUUCAUAUAAAGGAAGGAAAAGGAGUUAAAGAAUCAAGCUUUUGCUCCACCAUCCACUACGAGCCAGUUUGAACUUUGAAUAUGAGCAUUCUUAUUUCCUUCAUUCUAUGUAUACGGAUAGCUGCAAUUCAUGUUUCUUCUUCAACGCCGGGUGCCAUUUAUGAAUAUGAAGUCCACAAUCGUUACUCAACAAAGGUGGUGAGCAUAUUCGGGAAGCAUGGGUUGCCACAGAAGGGAAGUCAGGACUACAUAUCGGCUUUGCUCCGACGUGACUCCGGUAGAGCACAUUCUACACCCGGAGUCACCUUCCCGUCGGGUGAUGCGGUUGUGCAAUUAACUGAACUAUCAUCUUUACAUUUUGCCGAAGUGUUCAUUGGUACUCCUCCUACUCCGUUCAUGGUCUCCCUUGACACGGGAAGCUCGCUCUUGUGGAUCCCGUGCAACUGCAAACAAUGCAUACGUAACUUGACCCUCAACAGCGGAGAGAUAAUAAAUUUAAAUAUUUAUUAUCCCGACGUUUCAUCCACGCAAAAAAACAUUGGCUGCGACAACCCAAAAUGCAUCUCUAGAGGAAACUCUUGUCCAUCUCCAAACAUUGGAUGCCCCUAUGAGAUCCACUACAUGGAUGGAUCUUCCACCAGUGGGGUGCUUAUAAGUGACAUGAUGCGGCUGAGUACUUACGAGAUGCAACCCACAAAUAUUCAAGUUGAAGUGACAUUCGGGUGUGCAUCCCAGGUCACCGGUUAUUUGCUUGGCAUUGCAUCUGUCAAUGGGUUAUUGGGCCUGGGUCCGGGUAAUGAACCCGAUAAUACUGACGUCCUCACGACCCUUGCUUCUACGGGAGUUGUCGGAAAUUCCUUCUCUUUGUGCUUCUCGCCCAAUGGCAAAGGAAGAUUAGUGUUCGGAGACAUAGGCACGCCAUAUAGGAGAGAAGCACAUCUAGACUUUACGCAAAAGAAUCAAGGUUACAAUGUUUGGAUCACACAAAUUGCAGUGGAUGAGAUUGUCUUGAAUGUUGAUUUCCCGUCAAUAUUUGACUCCGGUACAUCGUUCACAUCAUUAACUGACCCGGCAUACUCUUUCAUUACUCAAAGUUUCGAUUCCCAAGUAAAAGAGCAACGCAGACAACAAUCUGAUUGGAGUUUUGAGUUUUGCUAUGAUUUGAGUGAAAAUCAAUCAUCAUAUCGGGUGCCUUUAUUAAGUUUCAGAAUGACAGGUGGAAGCACAUUUGAUGUGCUUUUUCCAACGCUGAACUGGACUCUGGAUUUUGAGGUUGACGGAACUUUUUACUGCCUAGCAAUUUCAAAGAGUAAGGAUGUGAACAUCAUUGGACAAAACUUCUUUAUCGGAUAUAAUAUGAUAUUUGAUCGCGAAAAACAUGCCUUAGGAUGGGAACCAUCGACCUGUGAAAAGAAUCAAUUCAACAUCACUACGUAUCCUAGCAAAGGACGAAGAUGUCCUCACCAAACUUCUGUUGCGAUCAUAACAAUAGUGGUUGUUUUGGGGUUUCUAACAAGACAUUUGUAAGGCUGACAGACAAUGGAUAAUGGCUUCAAACAAAACUCACAAAAUAGGAUAGUUUUAGUACUUUAGCCUUCAGUACAUAUAGUAGCUAGUCCUACUAAUCAGUGUUUCCAUUUUGCAAUAUAGAGUUUUUUCAAGUCCUAUUUUUAAUUGCUCGAGAUUGCUUGUUUGAGUUGUUUCUGGGACAAAAAUAUAUUCCAAACUUCA